GGCGUGGUGAGAUUCAUGUCCACAACAAAACAGGAAUGUGUUGUUCCAGGAGAUAACAGCUCCCCAUUGCCACUGACACCAAGGAGGCACGAUGUCAGAAAAAACACAUCCUUUGGUUUCCUAGCCUUUUCAUUUGGGCAGCUGGGCAUGCCAGCAUGGCAAACUUGAAAGCAAGCUCAACUAUUUUUUUUUUUUUUUGUAGCAUACUAGUGCUCUAGAGGCAUGCAGGGCCCUGGAAGUGAUGGAAAGGAGCCAUGGCUUUCUUUUUCCUCCCACCUCUGGGGACAGCAAGCAGCGGGACAGCAAACUGAGCAGGGAUGUCUGCUCCUGUGCAGAGACAAAGACAACAUUAAGGCACUGUCUUAGUGCACACGUAGACAAGGUGCCCAGCCAUGCACUAGUACACUUUUUUUUUGCCUUCCCUCAGUGCCUUUUUCACAAUUAAAAUUUUGUACAGAUAGCGACAAUCCCAGUGUAACCCAGAGCACUGGUUUUACUCAGAAGGUCUUUCAGUUGCUCCAUCGUUCUACCUUCUCUUUCGGAGCCUUCACUCCUUCUUGUCUGGUGCCUUUUGCAGGGCACUUGCUGAAGGCAACAUGCCGAGGCUGCUGUUUCCUGCCGGAGCAUGUUGUUUGCUCAGUAGCUGGGCAGGCAAAGACAACUCUGGUGUGAAUCAUAUUGCUCCUCCAAUGAAGAAUGAUUAAGGGGGAAAAAAAAAAAGAAGAAAGAAAGCGAGAGUAAGAGGUAGUGUGUGUGCGCAAUUACGGUUGGGAAAGUGGGAGUGGUGACAGCGAGCAGGCAAGCUAACAGAGUCUUCUGCUCGGCAACGUUUCACUACAGGUUGCUAGUUCUUCGUGCUGUACCCAUUUCAUUGAUUACCAGGAUUAUACCCUUGAAAAGAUGACGAUGGAUGCUCUGCAACUAGCAAACACUGCCUUUGCAGUUGACAUGUUCAAAAAGCUAUGUGAGAAGGACAAAACAGCCAAUAUUAUUUUUGCCCCCCUGUGUACCUCAACGUCCCUGGCUCUGGCGUAUAAAGCUACGAAAGGUGACACUGCAGACCAGAUGAAACAGGUGCUCCAUUUACAAGAUGUCAAAGAUGUUUCUUUUGGGUUUCAAACAGUAACUUCAGAUGUUUCCAAGCUCAGCUCUUUCUUUGCACUGAAAAUGGUCAAACGGCUCUUUGUAGACAAGUCUCUCAGUCCUACCACAGACUUUGUCAACUCUACAAAGAGGCCUUUUCCAUCUGAGCUGGAACUAGUGGAGUUCAAAGAAAAAACUGAGGAAACCCGACAGAAGAUCAACAAAUCUCUCUCAGAGCUAACUGAUGGCAAGAUGGAGAAUAUUUUGAAUGAGGAUAGUGUAAGUGACCAGACUCAGAUCCUCCUAGUUAAUGCAGCUUAUUUUGUCACAAACUGGAUGAAGAAGUUCCCAGAAGCAGAGAUCAAAGAAUGUCCUUUUAAAGUCAACAAGACUGAAACUAAACCAGUGCAAAUGAUGAAUCUGGAAGCUACUUUUUGCCUGGGCUAUGUAAAAGAAUUAAAUGUUGCGAUUCUUGAACUUCCGUGCCUUAACAAACAUAUAAGCAUGCUCAUUCUGCUGCCCAAAGACAUUGAAGAUGAGACAACUGGCUUGGAACAGCUGGAAAAGGCACUCACCCCCGAGACACUAUUACAGUGGACCAAUCCCAGCAUGAUGGCCAACACCAAAGUGAAUGUAUUUCUUCCAAAAUUUAGCGUGGAAGGUGAUUACGACCUGAAGCCACUUCUGGAAAGCCUGGGCAUGACAAAUGUCUUUAAUGAGAGUGCAUCAGAUUUCUCUGAGAUGUGCGAGACCAAAGGUGUGGUUUUGUCAAAGAUCAUCCACAAAGUCUCCUUAGAAGUAAAUGAACAAGGUGGUGAGUCUCUAGAGGUACCAGGAUAUCGGAUUCUGCAACACAAAGAUGAAUUCAAAGCUGACCAUCCGUUUAUCUUUUUGUUCAGGCACAACAAAACUCGCAACGUGAUUCUUUCAGGCAGAUUCUGUUCCCCUUAAGGAGGGCAUUUUAAUUAUGAAAAAGCACAAUUACAUUUAUGGUGAUGCAUGUUCCUGUAAAGCUUGGCGUCCUGACUAUCACCUUUGAAAGGAAAUCUAAGAGGUUCAUAUAUCAGCAGGGUAAUACUAUGUACUCUACAUAUGCAGCACAACUCGUUUCUCUCUUUUUGCUUCAUCCCCUUAAGCUGAAGGAUUCCCACUGUGGAGAACACAUGAUAUGUUACCAAGUAUCCCAGCCUCAGCCACAAGUAUAUUUUGUUCCUCCAUGACAUCUUUCUCUCAAAACAAAGUGAACUGAGAGCCUAUUUUUGAAAGACAGAGAGUUGGGAGGGGCUCUGGGAGGAAGAGCUUCAUUCCACUCUCCCUUGAGACCCACACUCUGUGGAUUCCUACUGCCGAAAAGGGGAAAACAUGGACACGUGGUGCGAUAGCCCUCCUCUUGUACCUGGCUACAGUCUGGUGGUCCAGGGUGCCCUGCUGGACCCUGCUAACGUACAGUGAAGCAGUGCAGCUAGCACCAGAGAUCACAUCUGUGAAACAGCAGCUGCACCUAUGGAUGCAAGAGGCAAUGAGAAUAUACACCUAGAACACUCUUCUGCAUGAGCUACAUCAGUUCAUAGGCUGGGGAGUUUGGACUCUACUUUGUGGGACUUUUUCAUUCAUUCUCCUUCAGACAUGGCAGAGGGGACUAGUUCACUGCAGCUAAGAGGAGCCCUGUUACAUAUAUCCUGAGAAAAAGAAAGUUAUGCAAUUCUAUCAUAGAAAUCGGAUGGAUUAAUACUAGAAGUGCCACACUUUUCAGGCACAGAUUAUUUGUCAGUUCUAGUUCUGGAUUCAGCAUUAAAGGAGUCUCCACACAAUUACUUAACCUCAGAGGUACAAGAAACAAGGACAUCGACUUGAGUGAGAUUAACACGGUAAUUACCAGUCUACAAAUUCCAUAUGAAAUCAUGGUAAUUAGAUUUCAUUUCUAUCUAAAGACUUCCUGCUGCAUAUGUUCAGUACUGAUUUACCUAACCACUGUUCAGAAUAAAGCACUACAAAACCUGUGUCAAA